CCGGCGUCCCAUGUGACCUCCGUGACCCGGUGGAGGACAUCAAGGAAGCCUGCGGUUCCAUACGAGCAUGCUCAGCUAUCAAAGAUUCAAAUUUUAUCAAUCCGCCACAAGAAAAAGAAAGCUUCAAGCUCUCCUGUUGAGGAUGGAGAUGACUCUGAUGGCUCAGAAGAUGAUGAUGAGCAGGGAAAUGAUUUCAAAGUUCUCAAAGGAAAUGUGAACUCAACACGGAUUGACUCUGUUCUCAAGUUUGCCCUUGGGAUGUCAAGAAACAAAGUUGAAAAUGCUUUCUAUAGCAACAGCAUCUACCUCAACGGUGAAAGGCUGGACAAGAAGAAACACUCUGUGACGAUUGAAGAUGAGGUGGACGUCGUGCGCGGGCUCAACACUCUGAACCCCUCCUUCAUCGACGUGCACCGGGUCGAGGUGCUAGACAUCCAACGAUCGCGUACGGAUCCCGACAAACUGGUCAUCAAAGUCAAGCGCUUCAAACGACUCACCAUCGAUAACUACGCGCGCCCCUGGAAACCGCCGGCGUCAGAGUGACGGGGUAGCUGAUAGGCGAUGAUUUGAUAUGUUAUCAGCAAUGAAUUUUGUACAUCUUUUGGCUGAACUCUGAUUUUUGAAAGUGUUGUUUCUGAGUGCCCAUUGUUGCCAAUUUAUUGUAAAUGAGUGGAUGGUGUAAUAAUACACUGAAAGUUAGUUU